UAUUAAAAAAAAAAGCAAAUAGUUUAAAUAAAUUAGAAAAAAAAAAGAAAAAAGAAAAAUUUCUCUCUUUUUCUGAGAGGGAGUUCUGAUUGUGUUUCUGUUCUCGUUGGCAUAGCAAAAAUCUGUCAUUCUCUGUAUUCUCUUUCUUUCUCUUUUCUAAUUUCACUUCUCAAUUCCCUUUCAGGAUUUCAAGGUCAGUCUCUUCACAUCUCUCAAAUUACCUUUAAUUUAGUAUGGCAAUGUCUCUUAAAAGGAAUACACUGUGACCAAUUCAGCUGUGAAAAUUAGACUUGGACUCUUGGGGCAUAAGUUUGUAAACUAAACUAUUUUCAAGUUGAAUUAGAAUUCAGUUUUGCCGGUGUGACUUUGAUUAUGUUGUAAAACUACGAAUUAGGGUUUUAGAUGCUACGCGAUUAUUUGUUUAUAAUGUCUGCUAUUUUUAGUAAACCAAAUAAUCAAAACCAAACGUGUAGUUGUUUUGGUUGGUUUUGAAUUUGGAGAAUUUGAAGAAUAAUCAAAUAGCAAGUUGAAGGAGAAAAAGAAUUAAGAAGAAGGAAAGAGAACGAUUUUCGGAACACAGAUUCAAGAUUUUUUUAUGGGUAAUAAGUUGGGAAGGAGAAGGCAAGUUGUGGACGAGAGGUAUACGCGCCCACAGGGGUCGUAUGUUCAUAAAGAUGUGGAUAUUAAGAAGCUAAGAAAGCUGAUACUUGAGUCUAAGCUUGCUCCAUGUUAUCCCGGUGAUGAAGAUUGCUGUUGUGAUCUUGAAGAAUGCCCAAUUUGCUUUUUGUAUUAUCCUAGCCUCAACAGAUCAAGAUGUUGCAUGAAAAGUAUUUGCACAGUUGCACCAGAGUGUUUUCUGCAGAUGAGGAAUCCUAAUUCAACCCGUCCUACCCAGUGUCCUUUCUGCAAAACUUCAAGCUAUGCUGUGGAGUAUCGAGGUGUGAAAACAAAGGAGGAAAAAGGGAUAGAGCAAAUUGAAGAACAACGAGUUAUAGAAGCACAAAUUAGAAUGAGGCAGCAGGAACUUCAGGAUGAAGAAGAGAGAAUGCAGAAAAGACAAGAUUUGAGUUUUUCAAGUACUGGUGUUGCACCAGGGGAAGCUCGAUACAGUUCAGUUGCAGCUUGUUCCUCUGGUGAGGCGGAAAUAGUUUCUUCUCAAGAUUUGCAGGCUUCCUCAAUCAUUCGACAACCCCCACAUUCGAGGGCAAACAGAAAAGUUUCAUGCAAAUGGUACUCCAUCACAGCUGUGACUGUGAUAUUUGCUGGGGAGUUGAAAUGGCAUGGUAAAAGAAGGGCUAAAGGAGGUAAUCUGAGAGUGGAUUUGGAGGUGAAUUUCAUAGUUGAAAGGGAUGAUGAGUUUGACAUAGAUCUUGAGGAAAUAAUGGUCAUGGAAGCAAUUUGGCAGUCAAUUCAGGAGAACAGCAGACAGAGAAAUUUUAACUAUGGAGAUGCUGCUUCUUCAGUACAAUAUGUUUCAGGAGAUCGCUAUAUCUCACCAGACAUGGGCACAGUGGCUGGUUCAUCAUCAUCUCCUUCUGGCAGUCUUGCUUGUGCAAUAGCUGCCCUUGCUGAGUGUCAGCAGAUGGGUGGAGAAUCUUCUCUCAACCAUAAUGGAAAUAUGCUAGCAUUCAAUAUGCUUCCCGGCUGUAGCAGGUUUUAUGAUUCACUGGAUCGAGUUGCUGAGAACUAUCCUCCUGCAAAGAGUCCAGUUGACAUGCCAGCUAAUGGUGGGAUGACACCAGCAAGAGAUGAAGGGGAAUGGGGCAUAGAUCAUGGAUCAGAGUUGGCUGAAGCAGUGACUAGCUUUGCAAGCUCUGACGUGACAGAAGAUGCUGGUGGGAUCUCUACAAUACCACAACAAGAUGAAGUAAGGGGCAGCUUUCAUAACGUCCCUGGAUCCAUUGUUCCAGAAAGUUAUGAGGAGCAGAUGAUGCUGGCUAUGGCUGUAUCUCUGGCUGAAGCUAGCGGUAUGACAAAUGGCCCUGGAGUUUUAUGGCCACGCUACCAGUAAUUGUCUUUCUCGAACUGAUGAUGCUGACCAUGUUUGUUAGCUAGCUGAUUCUCGAACUGGGACAAUGUGCACAAGUAGCUCCAUGCAACUAGUUUAAAGGUCAGGUAGGGAUAAUCCUUUCUCUUCCUCAUACUAUUAUCACUCCCUAUAUUGAUGUUAAAAAAGUAAACAGAUUAUUCUUUGAAAUUAAAGUUUGUUUAUUUAUCCUAUUCAUAAUGUUUUGGAACCCUUUUGCUAGAUUGUUUUCAUUGGUUAGCAUGUUCAUAUCUUAAAAACAGAACCAUAUUAUGAUGCUUUCUUUAGUAGAGUAUUAUUUAGCUUGCAUGUGUCAAAUGAAAAGAAGCCUUUGUAAAAAUGAAGUUGUCAGUCGGUGAAAAAAAAAAUUGUUCAAAGACUCUUCUGCAGAUUAUGUAUUAUUCUAAUUGCUGUAUUACCUUUGGUAUAUGAUGUAAGCAAUCAUUCUCGCCAUUGUUUGCUGGAACUGUUUAAGCACAACCUAUUGAAGGCAAAUUUACCGAGUCGGUAAACGUUUUUUUUGCAGUCUUAUCUGACCUGGCAUCACAAUCUUUGGACCAUGAGCGAAACUAGAUACCAAUAUUUAUAGAUUAAUCUAUAUUUUGAUUGAGUGCCAAAUUUGAGCUGUGUUUUCUUGCCCCUAUUGCCGAGUGCGCGAAAGAGGGAUAAACCCCCCACCUUCUUUAUUCCCUCUACGCUAAAGAGGGACUUGUUCUUUGAGGAUGUUGUUCAUGUCCUGUUAUAGGAAGCUUGUGCAAGGUUUGAGUUGCAUGCAAAGUUUAAGGUUAUACUUGUCGUGGUCAGAAGUAGAUUCAGACAACUUUAAGCACGAUAUGAAAAUAAUAUAAAAAGAAACAUGAAAGAGGCAUUGUAUAAAAUUUUAGGUCAAAUUAUAUAUGAAUUUAACAAAAGCAAUAAAAAUAUGUUUGUUCUGUGAUUGUGUGUCGAUACAAGUUAGGUAUAAUUAUUUUUUAUGUUUUAUGUGAUUAACAUGGUAUGAAUAUAAUAUAGACACACAAAUUAGUAGGGCCAGUUGGAAGGAUAAAAAGUUGGUAAGAAGAGAUCGAUUUCUAAUUCUAAUGCUCAAGACAAACUAGCUCCUCUUUUGCUUAGCCGAUUUGAAUUGCUGUCCGUUUUUUUCUUUUCUCACUCUCGCCAAGCACGAUUUUGAGACUCAAGACCUGUUUGGUAGGGAGGCCCAAAAAUCUGGCACAUUAUAUCCCCAGGCAAAAUUGGGCCUUAUCGAAAUAUGUUUUCAAAGUGUUGACUCUCUCUGGGUUUUUUUGUUUUUUGGGACCAUAAAUAAGAUUUGAGAUGCCUCC